ACCCUCAACUUCUCAUCAAUGGCGGUUUGAGACUUGAACUUUCUACGAUAAAUUUGUCUUAUCCACUGGAGGAGGAGGUGCGAUUGCUCUAACACGAUUUUCCUGAAUUCACCCCGGAGCGCCCUCAUCCCUCGACUAUAAUCAGAUGCGAUCCUCGGCGAAGCACGCCGCGGCCGAUAACAACCGCGGCAUAAGCCGCCACGUCCUCACGCUCCACCAACGCCUUCACCACGCCCUCAGCCUCGGACAUCUAGGAUUGUGAGCUCAAACAUAGUUUAUGCUUUCUGGCUCGAGGUUUCAUCUAUUUGCUUUCGGCGCUAUUUGAAGUUGCUGGGGAAUGGGGAUUACUCGUGAAGAAAACCUGGGAGAGGAAAGAGAAAUGGAACUGUUCAGACAAUGAGAUACAAAGACAAGUGCUUCGUUCAAUUGAUGCGUUCCUUGAGUGUAUCUCUCGCGAAACAUUGCAAUACCCACUUGUCAAGGAUUCAGUGAUUGAUAUAGUCAGAGCAAUGAAGAGCAUAUUGGAGUUCAAAAGUCAAUCAAUAUUGAGCCUGGCUUCUAAUGCUACCGUAAAGCUGGUUAAUUUUUUGCCAAGUUCAAUACUGAAUAUUCAUGUUCUGGAUAUACUCUAUCCUUUAGCAGAUUUAUUAUCUUGCCAACAAUGGCAAGUUGCAAUGUCAUGUGCUGCAUCCAUGAAUGUCAUUCUAUCCAAGUUAAAUUCUAGACACGAAAAAGAAGUGUGGCAUCUUCUGAAGGAAGCAAAUGCAGUUAGUUGUAUUGUCCAAAAUAUCAAGCAGUUCUAUAUAGACGGAAAACCAAUUCAGUACUUUCUAGAGAUGGCAUUUGUUUUGAGUAAAAUAUUGUGGCGGUGGUCAACCUUUAGAUACUCCGUGUGGAAUGAUUCUGAGUUCUUAAACAUCUUGGAUGGUAUCAUACAGUCUGAAAACUCAGUAGUUGCUGUGCUGCAGUUAUAUUCUUCUUUAGCCUUGUGUGUAAAUGGUGCGGAGAAGCUUCUUGAAAAGGAAGAGCACCUUCUUGAGAUGGUUGUUAGCUACAUGGAUAGUUCAAAUACUGAUUCAGUCCGCAUGGAGUCAUUUAAACUUGCUCGGUGCUUAGUGCUUAGCAGGAGAGGAUCUACAAAAAUGCUGAAGAUAUACUCCGAGCCGCUUGUCAAAGCUGUCAUCAAUGCAUUGAAGAGUCGGAGUUCAAUUGCUGAAAAAUCUGCUAAAAGUCAACCAUCUUUUGUGGAGGAAGCUUUUCGUUUGGCUUCAAUAACUUUAUGGGUCGGUGAUCACCACAUGCACUUUUGGAAAGCUGGUGUAGAUAGAGUACUCCUUGAUCUUCUUCUGGAAGAUUAUCCCAAAAUUCAAAAAAUGCAGCGUGAGUCCUCCUUGAAUGAUCUGAUAAUUAUUGUGCGGGAGAGCCAUGAAGCAAAUUUUCUACUUACCUACAGACCAUAUGUAUGGGAUAUUCUUGGAGGACUUGCGGCUAAUUAUGCAGGAAAUAUCAAUCAUAAGGUGCAAGGGAAUGAACUCCAACUUAAUGUCCUCAUAAUAUGUGCAUGCUUGUCCUUCGCAAACUCAGUUCGGACAUUACGUCAAGUCUCUCAAUAUGGUCUCACAUAUAUGAGCGAAUCUGAAUCAGCAAGUAGGGCAGUUCUUAUGAUGGUUUAUUCUCCUUGCAAAUGGAUUGCAUCCUCAGCCAGGUCCAUACUACACGAAGUACUUAGGCUGGAUGCCAAGGAUUAUGUUGAAUACUUACUGAACAUUCUAAAUGCUGGAUUGACUGGUAGCAUGUUUGGUCUUCCAGGAAACCUUGAGAUUAUGGUCAGCUUGAUUGGUUUGGCUAGUUAUUGUAGCCUACCUGCAUAUCGGGAACUCAUAGUUAAAUUCCAAGGGAUGAAGACUGUGCUGGCCUUCAUACUAUGGUGGUUAAACAAUCCUGUCCAUGUCAAAAGAGCUGCUUUGGUGUCUCAUUUACGUGAUCCAUUCAGUGAUAGGAGUUGUUGUGUUUCUGGCAUAGAAGAUUGGGAAGGGGAAGAUGUGCUUUUGAUUUUUAGCUUGUGGAUCCUUGCUGAGUUGUUAAAUCAUUUUACUGAUGGGAAAGUUCAUCCCUCUGACAGCCAGAUAGAAUUUUCUAAAUCCCAGUUGAUUGAGGAAUUGGAAGCUAUAUGCAGAAACCAUAGUGCUCAUGGUUCAAGAUGGUAUGCUGCAUAUGUGCUUAGCUAUUUUGGACUAUAUGGUUUUCCAAGUACUUUGGGGAAGAGAAUUGGGAAAUCCCUAGGGGUGAGAGAUCAUUCCAAUAUAAAUAUAGUUCUUGUUAAUGAGGAAUCUGUCCAUGUUCAUGAAGUAAUUCUCGCUGUAAGAUGUCCAUCAUUACUUCCUCCUGGGACAGUAGUUCCUGAUGAGAAAUCAUCCAAUGGAGUGAGCACAGAAUUUGAUAUUGAGAGAAACAUUACAAAGGCAGUACAUCUAUCUGCUCAUGUGGAUCAGCAAUCAUUGUUGAAGUUGCUGGAGUAUGUUUACUCAGGUUAUUUACAAGCAGAAGAAGGCCAUGUCAGAAAGCUUAAAGUCAUCUCCAGGCAUUGUAAACUGGAACCUUUAGUGCAAAUGCUUUCUAAACGAAACCCGAAAUGGGGUAUCCCUUUACCAAGCUUCGAUUUGAGUCCUGCUCUUAGGCCAGGCGGACUACAUUUUUCGGAUCUCAUAUUUGAAGCCAGCAGCACGAUGCCAUUGGUGAAUUGGAAGUGCAAUAGUUGCUCCUCUUUGGUUCCACAUCUACAUGUUCACAAAGUUAUAGUGGAGUCAAGUUGUGAUUAUUUACGGGCGUUAUUUCAAUCAGGAAUGAGAGAAAGUCAUUUGCAAGUUGUCAAGGUCCCGGGAAGUUGGGAGUCUCUCAAUAAACUGGUCAGUUGGUUUUACUCUGAGCAUUUGCCUGUGCCCACUUUUGACUGUCUAUGGGAAAGUUUGGAUCCUGAGAUCAAACUUCAAGAAAUCCAGACGUACAUAGAGCUGUGUUGGCUUGCUGAGUUUUGGUUUAUUGAAGACCUUCAUGAAGAAUGUUACGAAGUCGUCAUCUCUUGCUUAGAUUCAACGGAGUAUUUAUCUACUAAAGUAAUUCAAACUGCUGCUAAUUUCUCCCAGUGGAGACUGGCUCAAGUGGCGGCAGACCAUAUGGCACCUUCAUAUCAUCGUCUGCGCAAUUCUGGCGAGCUCGAUGGCUUAGACAACAAUCUUGUUGAGAUGGUGCGGGCUGCAUCAGUCCGGCUUUCUCGAGAGAGUGCUCAGCUCAGAUGACUGGGUGAACUAUAUAUCAUCAGUGUUAUCUUAUUGUCGGUGACUCAUCCCAAUUGAAAUCUUGCCAGGUGAUGUUAACCUAUUUGGUAAUUGGGUGGGCAUCGAAAUGGAACUAUAUAUUAUUGUAAACAGGCGAAUUAGGGUGGAAUGGAGCAAAGCGCAGCUGAUCACAACGAUUUGUAUUUUAUAGAAAUGUUAUCGUAGAGGCAAACUGAAUUAUUGCUGCUA